AAUACACCGAGUACAACCGAGUAAUGAGGAUCAGCUGACCGUGAGGCUCGGUCGGUCGUCUUACUUGAUGGAACAUUUCUGAAAUCAGCGAACCAGGAAAAGAAAAUCAGCUUCUGAUCGAUCGAUAAGACUGAAGACAGACAUGCCUUCGCUUCUGUUUUGCGGGCCGAAGAUGGCCGCUUGCGGAAUAGUUAUCAGCAUCUGGGGGGUCAUCAUGCUGGCGAUGCUGGGAAUCUUCUUCAGCACCAAGUCAGCUGUGCUGAUUGAGGACGUCCCAUUCACCGACAAGGACAUUCAAGAAGAUGCAAAUCCUCCUCAGCGCAUCUACAAUCUGUACAACCAGGUCGGCAUCAACUGCUUCAUCGCUGCCGCCAUCUAUGUGGUGGUGGGUGCCGUCUCACUCUGCCAGGUCCGACUCAACAAACGUCAGGAGUACAUGGUAACAUAAAGAGCUGUAGCCGUGACGGAGCCCGAUCGCCGCCGCUGGAGCUCCCUUUCUAUUGCACAGAGCUAGUCAUUAAAGUGUGUGAUUGGCUCUGAGUGGUGUGGUCACACGUCACCUGAAUUAUUUAUUUUACAGUCACAGCCUUCCAUGUGUUUGUUGUGAUGUCUGUUGUUGAUGGGUGAAACAUCAUUCCUGUGUUGUUCAUGAAAACAACUAAACUCCUGCAUGUCAGAUUUAUUCCAUAAACAUUAGCAACAAAAGUUGUAAAUGAAUUCAUCAUCGGUGAAAGCGAAUGUUAGAUUUUCUCUCGGUUCGUUUCAGUUAUUCAUGUAAAUCUGUUAUUAAAGUUUACUGGAUGUGACACUUUCACAGUA